UAAUAUUUUUUUAUAUAUAAAGUUCUAUUGGGUACCAAUGAAUAAAAAUCUGUUUGUGCAUGUGUUGGUGACGAUAUAAUAGCGCUACAAAAAAAUACACUAAUCUAAUAAGGUUCUUGAUGUAAUAUUUUUCUAAAAAAUUGUUUUAGGAGAAUCAAAAUUUUUAUAAUUUAAAAACAGAAGAUGGAAAUAGCUGAGAAAACAGAUUUUAAAGUAUUACAAACGUUGUUGUCAUCUAAUGAAAUUUCUGAAAUAUCUAGUAGCGUGUGCGAAAAAUUGGAAAAUUUUUUUAGAAGUAAAUUCGAUGAAUUUAUAACAUCUAAAGCAGUUUUUGAAACAAAUCGUAAAAAUUUAGACAAAAAAUGUAAUGAUUUAACAAAUGAUUGUAAAAUUCAAAAAGAAAAAUUAGACAAAUGUGAAGAAAAAUUAGAAUUGGCUGAAAAAUUUGGUUAUGAACUUCAAAGUCAACUUGAUGAAAAUAGGAGCGAACUAUAUAGGCUACAAGAAUGUAUUAAAAGGUUG